AUGGCCAUAUUAACAAUUCAUCAUCCAUGGGUGUUUGCUUUCGGUCUCUUAGGUAACAUGAUAUCGUUCAUGGUUUACCUCGCCCCAUUGCCAACGUUUUAUGGAGUUUACAAGAAGAAAACAACAGAAGGGUUUGAGUCAGUGCCUUACGUAGUUGCACUAUUCAGUGCAAUGCUCUGGAUGUACUAUGCAUUCCUCAAGUCGGAUGCUAACCUUCUCAUAACCAUCAACUCCAUCGGAUGUGUCAUAGAGACUAUCUACAUAACCAUGUUCUUGGCUUAUGCACCUAAGAAAGCCAAGAUUUUGACAACGAAGCUGAUUCUCUUAUUGAACCUUGGGGUGUACAGUUUGAUUCUUCUUCUCACUCUCUUAUUAGUGAAAGGACCAAUCCGUGUUCGGAUUGUUGGAUGGGUCUGUGUUGCAGUUUCUGUGAGUGUCUUCGCGGCGCCUUUGAGUGUUCUGAGGAUGGUUAUAAGAACCAAGAGUGUGGAGUUCAUGCCAUUUCCUCUAUCCUUCUUCCUCAUUAUAAGUGCAGUAAUGUGGUUCUCAUAUGGUUUACUAGUCAAGGACUUGUACAUUGCACUACCAAACACAUUGGGCUUCAUAUUUGGGGUGAUCCAAAUGGUGAUGUACAUGAUCUACAAGAACAAUGACAAAGUAAAAGGAGACUUAAAAGAGAAGAUGCCGGAGGAGAACACAGUCGAUGUUCUCAAUCUCAAGCAAAGCGCAAUGGAGAUUUCAGAUUUUCAACAAAUUUAUAAUGGAAAUGGAAAUGGAAAUGGAAAUGAUGUAGAGGAAGACCACAAACAGAAGGUGAAUGGAAGAGCCAACGAACACGACCUUCAAAAAAUUAGGGGAACCCCAACCGGAGUCGAUGACAUCCAAGCUAUUGUGUGUCCAGUUUGA